GAUGAAGACCCAAAGCAUCAUGCAUGAUGACACAUACGAGACCGACCGAGGACUGAAAGAAAAAAAUACUGACUUUGCGGCCGCACUGGCGACGCCCAGGGCGACCCGCACAUGACGGGAACGGCGCCGGCGCCGGCUGCGGCGGCCGUCGAGUCCAGCAGUGAGGAGCGGUGGAGGGUGGAUGGCCACAACGAGUGGAGCAUCUUUAGGAGGCGGGGAAGGGAGAUCCUUAGGCGAUCGAGGGAUCCAGUGGGCUGUCUGCGGCGCCUUCAGGAGAAGGUGCAGAGCUUGUGCAGUUCAGAUCAGGAGGAUCCGCAUUUGAAGCACGGGAGAGCUACGACGAGGAUUGCGGUGGUCGGAGAGGAUUUGGUGACGCCGGAUUCGUCGCCUGGGACUGAUCUGGUGAGUAAAGGGGGAGGAAAAGGGGCAGUUUCUAGUGCUUUCAACAUUACUGUGAAUAGGGGAUUUUGAGUAAAUGUUGUUUCUUAUGCGAAAUUGAAGUCAGGAGUUAUCAAUUGUGAUUUGGAGACGAAAUUUGAGGAGGGUCAGACCUAUUUCACGGGAUUGGGGCAGGAUUUUGGGUCUCAAGUUUUAGUUGCUGCUUCCAGUUGUUCUGUUCUUUCGUUUCAGGGAAAAAUGUCAGGGCAGAGCUCUCCUUCGGCUUUGGCUGGGAAGUGCCCAGCUGGGGAGGUUACUGCGGACGGGACAUGUAGCGGCCAGGAUGGGAUGAUGGAGGUGGUGCCUCCCUCGCAGGUCGUGGUGUGCAGUGAGCCGAUGGCGAUCGCAGCCUCGGCUCCGUUGAUGACAGGGAAGGGCACUGUGGGGGGGCCGAGUGGCCUGAUUCUGGCUUCGCCAAAGGCUACCAUUGGCUUCGCUGCCAUGGCAACGACGCCCCCUACCCUUCGCAGAAGCAGCAAGGCAAAGCUGCGCUCACCGGCAAUCCUCAACUAUAAGCCAAUCGUCAUCGACAUGCAGGCGGCUUUGAGAGCGGUGGCGGAAAUGUUGGUGGUGGGUCGGGUACUUUCUCCAUACCUGACUAACCCACAUGCUGUUGUCAACGAGCUGAAAGGGCCAUGGCGACUGCGCGGCGAGGCGGUGGCCCAGCGAGUUAAGAGUGAAGAUGGGCGGUUUGUCAUCACCUUCUCGAAGGAGGGAGACCGAUGUCAUGUGCUCCAAGCGAGUGAAUUGCAAAAAACCACCACAUUGAAGCCUAGGGUUGCAGAAAAGACUCUUCUACGUUUUUGUGCCAGAAGACACUGAUUUCGCGCCUAAUCAUUUGCAGAAAACACGUAACCAUCUGUUCGGGCAGUUUAACCUCUAUUAUGACAGGUGGGGCACGAUUUUGAGGACGUGGCGUAACGCCCACGAGCUAACGCCGUCCGAUGGUGCUACAGUGGCAAUGGCGUGGCGGCCGCUACUGCUCCGCCGUGUGGGUAAAAACUGGAUCGAUCCAGCUCUCUGCUUACACUCUCGCCUCUGCCUCGCCCUCUCCUUACUCUGUUCUUCCUCCCCGGCGCCGCCACACCAUCGACCGCCGUUCUGCUGCUCCCCGGUGCCAUGGUGUCGUGGAGCGACGAGACCAGUGAGGAUUCAGUCCUGAACAUCUCCUCCUCCUGCAAUGGCAUCAUCAAGCUUCCAGCUACGAUGCACGAUCCGAAUUUCAAUGGCACUGACGCAGAUGUGAAUGUCUUGUGUGAACACGGUGAGCCGGCCGAGCGCUUUGUAGCAUUUGAAUGGAUGCACACGGGCAGGAGGUUUCUUGGAUGUGCUAAGAAGGAAUGCAUAAACUGUGGAGUAGUUCAAUGGACUAAUUUUGAAUGGCCAGACUCAAUGGAGAAGGCAUUGGCCAAGCUAUGGGAUAUGUAUGAGGAGAUUAAGUCAGCUAGGACCAAUGACAAUCUAGAGAGUUCCUUUGCAAUUCACAACCUGACAGAAGAGAAGAAGAAACUACAGGAGAACUAUGACAGUUUGUAUGCUGAUGUGAAUUCUCUCUUGGAUGCCCAGCAGCAGAGGGGUGUGGAGUUAAACAAUCAGAAUGAGCAGAAGCAAUAUCUUGAAGUGAAGAUUGCUGAGCUAGAAACUGUAGUUUGCAACUUGAAGGCAGAGCUUUCAAAGAAAGAGGAGGAGAAGAAGAAACUACAGGAGAACUAUGACAGUUUGUAUGCUGAUGUGAAUUCUCUCUUGGAUGCCUAACAGCAGAGGGGUGUGGAGUUAAACAAUCAGAAGGAGCAGAAGGAAUAUGUUGAUGUGAAUAUUGUUGAGCUUGAGACUGUAGUGGGGAACUUGAAGGCAGAGCUGUCAAAGACAGAGGAGGAGGAGAAGAAGAUGCUGCAAAACUAUGAAACUCUGAAGAACCUGACUUGUGCUCAAGCCAAUGUGAUUAGGAACUUGAAGUUCAAUCAUUUGAAGGAGAAGGAGAGGCUGACAGAAGAGAGGCUUAAACUGAAGCAUCACAUUUCUAAGAUUCAAAAGUCUGAGGAAAAGAUAAAGAUGAAGCUUCAGGGUGUGAAGGCCAUCUUAGAUGAGUAGGGUGCCUUCUAGUAUGAUAAUCAUCUAUCAGUUUCUAGAUGAUAAUCAUGUAUCCAGUACUUUAGUAUGAAUUUGUGACCCUAGUACUUCAGUGAUGAAUUUGUGAUCUAUGGUGUUGGAUCAAGCAGUGUUGUAAUCUAGAUGAUAAUCAUCUAUUAAGUACUUUAGUAUCUAUUUCUGAACCUUUAUGUAUGUAUUUUGUGAGAUCAGGUGUUGGAUCCAACCUUGAUGAACCUUUAUGAAUG